AUGAGUUCUGAUAUUGAAUGCUUCUUGUGUAAUUAUUUGCAAACAACACAUUUCUUAAUACAACUGGACGAGUCAACUUUACCUGGUUAUGCAGCAUUAUCAUUGGCAUAUUGUCGAUAUAGAAAGGAUUACUUUAUUGUAAAAGCAUUCCCUUUAUCAAAUAUCAUAUCAGUAGCAACAGAUGGAGCACCUGCCAUGGUUGAACGUUAUCAUGGAUUUAUAAGCUAUUUAAAACAAAAUGUGCCAGGGGUGUUAGCAAUACAUUGCAUCAUCCAUCGGCAACAUUUGGUUGCUAAAAAUUUGAGCGCUAGAUUGUAUCAAUCUCUUCAAUUAGUCGUUCAUGCAGUAAACCGAAUCCGAAGCAACGCAUUGAAUACGCGGUUAUUUGCACAGUUAUGUAAAGAAAAUGACGAACACUUUCAUCAGUUACUUCUUCACACUGAAGUACGCUGGAUAUCGAAAGGCUUAUGUUUAACAAGAUUUUUUGGACUUUUUGAGACUAUUUUGGAAUUUUUGGAUACUAAAGAUAAAAUUUUAAAAGACAAUUUAAUAAAAUGGGAAACAGACAUUGCCUAUUUAACAGAUUUGUUUACAAAAUUUAAUAUGGUUAACUUGCAGUUACAAGGCGACAAUCGACAUUUGAUUUAA